AUUUCAUAAAUAAAAAUGUUCAAGUACGCAUUGGUUUUAGUGUUGGUACUAUUCACUUUUACAAGUGUCCAAGGCUUCGGAUGUCCUACUAACGAACACUGCAGUAUUUGUGGAACUUACAAAGAACCAGAAUGUUAUCGACACUUGUAUUUACCUUCUGCAAUAGAAUGCAUUAGACGAUUCCGACCAGGUUGCCGAUGUGAUAAAGGGUAUGUCAGAAAUCCUCACUCAAAAGAAUGUGUUAUAAAAAGUCAAUGCUUACUAUCAACAGCAAGAGGAUUGGGUUCGGGAGUUCAAAGUUGGGUUGAUCAAAUUUUAAUUUAAAUAUUAAUUAAUAAUAAAAUUCGAGGUUAUUUUGUUAGAAUCUCGUAUAUUCUCUGAGAUACGAAUUUAUUAAUUACUUCGAUAAAACAUUAUGAGGCUGAAUAACUUAUUUGUCACAGCCGUCAUGAAAUUAUUCAAUAGUCUAUUGUUUCAAUAAAAUGAAAGCAUAAUGUAUUGGUGAUAAAAAACAUUUUCAAUUG